CAUGGUUUCCGGUAAAGAUUGUCUGACCGGUUGUUAAAAGUGGGUAGAAAUAUAUUGUAAAUAAUAAAUGAAUAAUUUUCAUUUCCGGAUACAGGUCUGUCUUUUCCGACCUCAAAGAGAUUUCCGGUCCGAUGGGUGUGAAAUUGGGGGCUGGAGAAUCACAAUUUGAACUAAAGCACACGAACAAAAUGCUUAAAGGCUGAGGACAUCCUUUAACUACAGUUAAUGAUUGAAAAUUAAUUACAACUCCACUACAAAGCCUCCUAAGAACUUUUAUCAUAGAUCCAUAUAUAGUCACUAAGAAUAAAAUUCAUUUUAUCAAGUUAACUAUAGACUUAUACUACUUUGCUUUAAUGAACCAUUAAUUCACCAUGGGAUCUUGUGAUGUAAAAAUCGAAAUCGAUCGUAGUGCUAGUAAUGGAACUUUUACUAAUUAUGAUAUUAUAAGUGGUACAGUAACAUUAAUAGUAACUAAUUCAAUUUCACUUAACUAUAUUCAAGUUAAACUUGAAGGAAUUUCUAAAACUGAACUAGUGAUACCUCGGCAACAUAGGAAUAGAAAUGAUCGUAAGGAAAAGGAUAAAAUAAUUCGAGAUAUUCAUAAAGUAUUAUAUGAUACUCAACUAGUUUUCCCUCCAGAUAAUGUAAGGCUGGUAUCUCAAGCCAAAGAAUUUACUUUAACUCCUGGAAAUUAUUCUUAUCCUUUUGAAUUUAAAUUACCUUUAAAUAAUUCUUGUAUAAAAUUACAAGGUAUAACCAAUAAAGUUCUGUUUAAUAAAAAGACUUUAGAUUUAGUAAUUAAUAAUGGGAAUUUCAAUUCAAAUGUAUUAAGAAAUAAAGCUAAUCAAUUCUUAUCAUCUAAUGGUUCGAAUGAUGGUAAUUUAAAUCAUUCACAAAAUUAUCAUAUAACAACUCAAUUACCUCCUUCAUUAAGUGGUAUAGGAGAAUUUGCUAAUGUUAAAUAUUUCGUUAAAGUUACAUGUAAACGUUCAUCAUUUUUAAAAACUAAUUUACGAGCUUUUGAUCCAUUUAUUUUCUUACCCCUUGAUUUAAAUAUUAAUGAAAAUUCUUCUUUAGCAGAUUAUGAAGAAUAUAAAGAAGUAUUUGUAAGGAAAGAAUUAAUUUUUAGAGAUAGAAUACCUGAAAUUGUUGGAGUAAAAGUUCCACCUCAGGUAUUUGAAAAGAAAAGUCUUCCAAAAGUUCCAUAUGUUGCUCCAAAGAAGCCUGGAUUUUUUCAAAAGAUAUUUGAUAGUCCAACUCCAACAAAUUCUUUACCACCUCCACCAGUACAUAAAAAGCAAGGAGCUCAUAAAUAUUAUUCAGAAAUUGAAUCAAAAGAUGUUCCAUUUUCUUUUGAAGUAAGAUUUAGACAUCCAGCAUUUUUAAUUCCUACUAAAAAACCAUCAUUUAAAUUAUAUCUUGUUUCAAGUUUAAAACCUUCGAGGUAUACUCUUAGUGAAUAUGGUAAACCUGAUGAAUCUAAUGGAUUAGGAAUAGUUUAUUUACAAAAUUUAAGAUUUGAUUUAACUUCAAUAACUCAAAUUACUGUACUUGAAGAUGAUGGAGGAGUUGGUAGAGAAAUUCAUACAGGUAAACGAGAGGAAAAUAUUCAAAUUUGUAAUAAUAAUUUUAAGAAUUUAAAAUUUGAUUUAAUGCAUUGUAAGAAAUUAAAAUCAUCAACUUCAACAUCAACUUCAUCUACAGCUAAUGAUCUUUAUGAAUUAGAAAUUCCCAAGAAAUAUUUUGAAAAUUGUGUAUUACCAGAUUAUUUAUCACCAUCAUUUAAAACUUGUAAUAUCACUAGAAGAUAUAAUCUUCGUAUAAGUGCUGGAUUUUCUAGUGAAAAAGUUAUUGAUUUUAGAAAUCAAUCUGAAUCUAAUAAAAAGAUUAAAACAGUUGAUUUACAUUGUGCUAAUAUAAAAGUUCUCAGUGGAUUAAAUAUGACAAGUUCUUUACAUUCUAAUGCAUCUAAAUCUUCAUUACCUCGAAAUUCAAGUAUUUCAACUUCUAAUGGAAUUCCAUUAUCUCCUCCACCAAUUAUUUCAAAUUCUUCAUCUUCACCAUUACCAUCUCAACAAAUUAUUCCUAGACCUUUAGAAAAGAGAGGUAGUUCAAUAUCUUAUGAUCAACCUCAAUUUCCUCCUAAUUUACCUCAAAGACCAUCAUAUGAAAAUUCAGUUCAUUCUAGUGAAUUAGAAGAUAGUGCAAGUCCAUCGGAAUUACCUACUUAUGAUGACGUCAUAUUAGAAUCUUCUUAUCAAGAUAAUUCAGAACAUAUACGAGCUCGAAGGAGAUAUCAACAACAUGAGCAGUAUUAUAAUAAUUUGGAAUAAGUAUACUACAUACAUUUUAUAUAUGUAUAUAUAGUACGUACUUUUAAUAAUAUACAGGCAUUUUAUUUUUAUAUAUUUUGGUCCGACUACACGACAAUAGAUCAAGGAGGAGGUGGUGGUGGUGGAAAUUUGUCACCACACGGCAACUACUCCAAAUAAGCUCUUCUCUCAUUGAUCUUUAAACCAGUAAUUGAUAUAGUUAUAACAAUUCGUUUAGUGGAUUCAAUCAAUUCUCAGGCAUCAUAUCAUCUGAUUUUUUUUUUAUUUGAAAGUUUGACCCUC